CGAGUUCCUUCCUCAGCCAGUGAGCGGCAGUAGCGCGCUGAUGUGCUGCUGAUCUCCGCGGCGUAGAGGAAGACGAGCAGAACAACCACGCCACGUGAGUUUACUGUCCACUGGAGGAAGCGUUAUUUACUGAAAAGUACACAAUGAAGACAGAAAAACAGCUCAAACAACAGAAGAAUGAGAAGCAUGUCAGUAAAAAGAAUUCAAAGAAAAAUGCUGACCCUGCAUCAGAUGACCACCUCCAGCAGAUUCCUCAUCGCUUGCGUGAAAUCAUGAAGAGUAAAGAGAAGAUGAAACAGGGCUCCCAAAAGAGGAAAAAAGCUACUGAAGCCUCUAAGCCAAAGAUGCUCUCAGGAGAUAUUCCUAUCCCACACUUCCGCAGAGGGCGAAAAGAGUCCGAGAAGAAUUAUGUCCGCCGCAUGACCGAAGAGACUGAGCAUGUCCUCUUCCUCACGAACAACCAGGUUCAGAGACAUCCGGAGGUCAAGCUAAAGAAGGAAGAGGACACAGAGGAGAAGAAAUCCACUAAAAAGAAAUGGCUACAUAAAAGGAAACUUCAGCAACAGAAAAAGAAGCUAAACCAACAAGCGGAACAUGAAGAGGAGGAGAUGUUCAAAGAUGAGGUACCGUUUGGAGAGGUUGCCAUGGCGCCUCCAUCACUGAGUGUUAAACCAAAGAAAGCCGUAGUCAAACCCAAGGGGGCAACCAAAGGCCUCCUCCUGAACUCCCUCUUGGGUCACAGUCCUGCGUCACUCAUCAAACCUUCUAUGGCGAGGAAGAGGAUUGUGGAGGAAGAGCGAGAGAGAGUGGUGCAGCUGUACAGACAGAUGAAGCAGAAGCAGAGAGACAAACAAGAGCAGGACAAGGCUGCCAUGACCUCCACAUGAUGCGCUGCUAUUUGUAUUAUAUAGUAUUGUAUUAUAUCUAUGUGUAUAUUUCAUUUUUCUACACAUUUUGCUACCUCUGCUGGCCAACAAUACCAUAUUGAUGGAUUUUGUGCUAAAAUAUUUACAAGUGGAUGUAGCAGGACUGUGUAUAAGGCAAACAAAUAAAGUAGUUCACACUUUUAAAUAAUGCACAGUGAGUUCACAUGCAUUUGGUCCCUUAAUACUCAAAAUGACUCAAGUAAAAUAUUGAUAUUUGAAAACGAAAGAAUUAUCUGGUGGUGUUAUAUAAAUUUAGCCAUUUAUUCUCAUCCUGCACCUUUUAUGCUACAGAAUGAUACCUGAAACUGU